CAGAUAGCAUAGACAUAGACUUCAAAAUCGAUAGUGCGUUAUUACUUGACGAGAAUGAGAACGAAGUUCUACCGGAAUUUGGAAGUGGAGCCGAGUACAGUGGCGAUGACGAGGAUAGCAGCGGUAGUGGAGAUGGCGAUGAAGAACGUGACACAACUCCUGUUGCAACUAAUGAUCCGUGUGCGGGGAUUGCAUGCCAGAAUGGUGGCCUUUGUCUACGAGAAUCGCAAAAUUUCAGAUGUCAAUGUCCACUUGGAACAUUUGGUGACUUGUGUGAAGAAAAUAUUGAUGUGUUAUAUCCAAAAUUCUAUGGUCACUCCUACAUGUACUUUAAGAAGCCUACAAGCGUAAACAUGUACAACGCCUUCGAAAUGACGGUCAAAUUCAAAUCAAUAGACCGUGACGGCAUCCUUGUCUUCGGCAGUCAAAUGGAGUCGCCAAGAGGAGAUUUCUUUUCCCUUGAGCUUCGAGAUGGCAGGGUUGAAUUCAGAUUUAGCCUCGGACUGCCAGAAGAGAAGAUUACAAGUAAAAUUGAGGUGGAAAUGAUGAAAUGGCACACAGUCACAAUUAACAGAGACAAUAACGUCGCGACUAUGGUUAUUGAUGGCGGAGACAGACUCACUGCUGUUGCCGAGGGUACGUACCAAAAGAUGUCGCUGAAUCAGAUGAUAUACAUCGGCGGUCAUACUGUCGAUGCAUACCAUAAAAACCAGGGCAAAGGUUUUACCGGCUGUAUUGAGGAAUUAAAGAUCAACGAUUACAUAUUUGACAUGAGGCAGCAACCGUUGGGUGAUGCAAUCGAUGGAAUUGAUGUUGGAGAGUGCACCAGUGGACUGUGUAUUGAAGACGCCUGCCUGAAUGGUGGAUCUUGUGUAGUGACAUCAGCAAAUAAUUAUCAGUGUAUUUGUCAGCUUGGCUUUGCCGGUGUCUCAUGCGAAAUUGAAAUUAAUUUGGUAGUGCCGUCCUUUGAAGGCUACUCAUAUUUGGCAUUUGAUGGGCUUAACAAAAAUCACUUGACAUUCUUUGAAUUAUCCAUGAUCGUGAAACCACACAAAUAUGAUGGUGUCCUUGCCUACUGCGCCCAGAGUUCAGACGGGAAAGGUGACUUCCUUUCGUUAAAUUUAGUUGGUGGUUAUGUGGAGUUCAGAUUCGAUUGCGGAUCUGGUCCAGCUGUGCUAAGAUCAUCUGAGAAAUUGGAGCUUAACAAGUGGAAUUCGGUGGGGAUUUCUCGUACAGGGCGUGAUGCUGUCCUAAUGGUCAACGAUGUGGCUGAAGUUAAAGGAAUGUCCCCCGGCGGCUUCUCACAAACUACAUUUAAUACGGACCUGUUCAUUGGUGGUGUACCAAAUUAUGAAAAUGUCGCCAGCAAAGCAUUACUGACUGUCGGGCUCGUUGGAGACAUUCAAAGGUUGAAAGUGGACGGUUUCCCAGUUGACUUAAUACAAGACGCCCUCUAUGGUAUUGGAAUCAUCAAUGCCAAUCAUCAUUGCAACUCUCUGCCAUGUGAAAACAACGCAGAGUGUCAGGCAGAUUUUGAUGACCAUAUUUGUCAUUGCCACAUUGGAUAUUACGGAGAAAACUGUGAAAAUGAGCAUGAUACCAGGAUUGAUGUUCCAAUGUUUAAUGGAAUAAGCUACUUAAAAUUCACCGGGAACCAGAUUCGAAGCGAAGAGCCAUAUUCAAGGCAUCAAUUAAUACCUCGACGCCUCCUCAACAAAAAAAGAUUGACUGGCUCUUUUACUGAAUUAUCAUUGGAUUUUCGCACAGAAGCCACUGAAGGUUUGAUGCUCUGGACUGGAAAGGCUGUGACUUUUUCUAGCGAUUUCAUGGGAAUUGGCAUAAACAAUGGUGUCCUUACAAUCAGCUACAACCUCGGCAGUGGUGUAACAAUGCUUAGAGACAACAGCACCGUGAACGAUGGCAAAUGGCAUACGUUAGCAGUCAGUCGUGUCAACAGAGAGACCACUCUCACUCUGGACACGAACAAAAUAGUAAAAACUGUGUCCAGGGGCUCAUUGUCAAAGCUAGACACUAACAACGGAAUGUUUAUAGGUGGCAUGAAUAAUAUUGAGGUAACUACCGGAAAUCGUUACCACACUGGAUUCAAAGGAUGUAUCCGUAACGUUAAAUUUGGAGGCAAGUCCAGCCCUUUGCCCAUACAAUUAGUCGGCGGUGCAGAGUCAGGCCGGAAUAUCCAUCAUUGUACCUAAUUACAAUCCCAUUCACCGCCUCAGAGCAAAGUAUCUAAAAACAAGUUUUUUAAAUAUUGGAUCCUGUGGCUAAUUCAAAAUUUCUUGCGUUGCCAUGGAUACAAUUGGACUGUAAAUGACAGGGCGUGAAAGCAAUUUACCAGGUUCCAAUUUGGAAUAAUUGUAUAUUUUUUACUCUAUGGUUUUAAUUAAGAAAUUUAAAUAGGAAUUGAAGUGGAGUAUAAACAGAAAUAUGAGGUUUUUAGACGACAAUAAUAAGAACUGCACUGUCCUGGAUUCUGUGGAAUUACAAGCUAAUGCCAAAGUACACGUAAUUGAUAGCCGAUCUUGCUGAUACCGAUUCAGGAAUUAACAAGCGUGGGAAAUUAAUGAACAAUCAGAGUGUAUGUGUGAUUCGAACAUUCCAUUUUAAGCCAUACUGAGAAAAUAAAUACGUACAUACACACUGACAAACAUACAGUUGUACAGACACAUGCAUACAUUACACAUAAUUAUAUAUUCCUUCAUAUACCAGAAUACAGUAUAUAAAAGAUAUUAACUUUUGGUAUGUUUGUUCAAGAUACAGAUCAUUCAUUGCAUCAGAACGAGAAAAGUUGACUAUAUUAGUGGCUAUCCUGUGUGAAUUCAUGGUUAAUUCAACUACAAAUUAUUAAUGUAUAGUGUGAACAGAGUCUAUAGGAAUAAAGCCCUGUGUGAACAGGGUUUAUAGGAAUGAAGCCCUGUGUGAACAGAGUCUAUAGGAAUAAAGCCCUGUGUGAACAUUACAUCAGUUGUCAGCCUUCAAACAGCAUACUGUGACUAGAAGGUACAACUUUUUUUAAGGAUUUAGAUAAUUUAUAGUUGGAAUCCAGAAAAGUGUUUAGUUCACAUCAGAACUAAAUAAAUUUAAAUUUAACCCGGCAUCAUGCUGUUUGAGCAACCUUGGUGACCUUCGACACCACCUGUCAAUCAUGAACAUGAAUUAAAGAUAUUGUAAAGUUGUACAAGAAGAAAUCCGUAAGAAAAUUAAUUAAACAUGCACUCCUGAAAUUGUAUAUGUAAUGUAGUAGUAGUACUCGGUGAUUUAUCCCUGUAAACAAAUGUAAAUCUGUAUAUAAUGCUGAAACACUAUAGAGGUGAAGCGAUGACCAAUUUUACUUGUGUGUCUAAUAAAAAAAAUUAUAAAAAUGUAAACUGCUAUGGUUAGUUUAAACAAAAAAAAUAUAUAAAAUGCAUAUUUUUGCUCACAUGGUAAAGGAACAUAAUAGGUACAGUAGUAUAUUGCAUAAAAUCUGUAGUAAAUGGUGCUCUAAAAUGGGAUGUAAAAUGUAAAUUUGCUGUUGAAAAUGUACCAAAUAUUGCAGUCCUUCCAGCAUGUAUUUUGAUUUAAAAAAGAUUGACAGCUUUAAAUUUGAAAAAAAAACAUUGAAAGAUGAGAAGAAAAAUUUUAAUUUUGAACUGGAACCCAAUCACUGUUAUUAAAGAUUGGUAUAUACCUGUAUAAUACUAGUGAAAAGUUUUAGAAAGUGUCCACAAUCUACCCUCAGGAUAGCACUGUCAAUCAAAGAUAUGGUAAUGUAGUAAACAAGGUAUUCAACUAUUAAGGUUUAGUUAUGUAAAAGUUGAUGUGAAUUUAAACAGCAAACAUAAGUUAAAAUGUAGUAGUAAUUGUUACAAGAAAAGUUAUAUUUUAUAAAUGUUAACUGGCUUGGUGCUGUUAUGUUUUCAGCAAUACUCUUUUUUAUUAGCAUUUCUAAUUUUAGAUGUUCUGUCAAAUGUUAGCACCACUAAAACUUUUCAAGAUGGUGUCUGAGUUCUGUAACUUUUUAUAAAAAAUGUGUUUUAUUAAUUUGGCUACAAUACACUUAAUAUUUUUUGUUGUUACAGAAAUAUUUAUUAAUUAUUUAAAUUAAUUAAACAGAUAAUUUCAAUGAUUGCAUUGGUUUUUGGCACUGAUCAUAUUAUGUGCUAAUAAUUUUGAAAAAAAAACAAUGAAUAAUUUUUCCAAAUAAACCUUGUAAAAAGGUAAAUAUACAAAAUUUGAUAUCAUACUUAUACAGUAAUUGUAUUUUGAAAAACUUAUAUUUCACCGUUGGAAUAUUUUGUGAAAAAAAAACAAGUUUUAAAAAUAUUGUUAAAAUUUCACAUAACUUUUUAUCAAGAAUUUGUUUGUUUACUUUUAAAAAGAUCAUUCAUUUGUUGAUAUGAAAAGUUUGGUGCUUAGCCCUUUUGUUUGUAUAAUUUCACCCAGCAGUUUUAAAUGUUGACAUUUUUUCCAUUGUUAGUGUUAUUUUUGUCUGACUUCUGUCAGAAAAUGUUGAAGAGCUUUUUGAUGUCAUAAUCCACGAUAUAUAUUGCAUUAUAAUAGUCCCACCCUAGAUUUUGUACUAAAGCUUACAUGUAUUAAAGGUGUUAUGCUACGCUC